AUGAAGCGACGCUCCAUCGUUUCCUCGCUCUUGCAGACCACCAUGAGCACCCAGCCAGCCCUUCAGUCCUCCACCUACCCACCUGCCAUGCAGAACAGCCUGCAAGCUGCGCUCAACAAUCGCGAAGCGAUGGAUUCGGUCGCACUGGACGAUUUGGCUCCUCAUCCAAGCCAGGUGCAAGACGAGGAGGCGCAGACGGAGGCAAUGCACCUUCGCGGUGGCUGCUUUGAGAUCCCUUGUCCCGGAUUCACCUGCGACUGCUGCGUCAUCCCCUGCACGAUCGCUUGA